AUGGCGUGGUACUGUUCCGGCUCCACGAAUAGCGAGCUGAUCGAGAACCUGUCCAGAACGGGCCUGAUAAAAGAUGAGAGAGUGAAGAAGGCCAUGUUAGGCGUUGACCGCGCCCACUACGCGCCCUCGAGGCCAUAUUCGGAUUCACCGCAGCCCAUUGGCCAUGGAGCAACCAUCUCUGCUCCCCACAUGCAUGGCCAUGCAUGUGAAUAUCUCAUCGAUUUCCUCCUACCCGGAUCGCGUGUGUUGGACAUCGGAUCUGGAUCGGGCUAUUUGACCCAUGUUCUCGCCAACCUCGUGAUGGGUGCUUCCUCCGCGAACGGAACCACUGGUCAGGUCAUAGGAGUAGACCACAUCCCGGAGCUGGUAGACCUGGCAUGCGACAACAUGCGUAAAUCAAAGCAGGGGCGCAGUUUCCUUGAGUCUGGAAGUGUGAAAUUUGUCACCGCGGAUGGUCGCCUGGGUUGGAAAGAAGGCGCACCAUAUGACGCCAUUCAUGUUGGCGCGGCCGCAGAAAAACUUCAUCCUACACUCGUUGAGCAGCUUCGCGCUCCCGGACGGAUGUUCAUUCCUGUUGAUGCGGAAUACGAUGGGCGUGCUGAAGGUAGCCUUGAAUUGGGUGGGGGUCAAUAUAUCUGGGUAGUUGAUAAGAGGGAGGAUGGGUCAAUCCACAAAGAAAAAGUGUUCCAGGUCAGCUACGUUCCCCUGACCGACCGCCCGGGAACAUGA